CCCAACUCUGCCUUCCGACCACCACAGAAAGACUCCCCAGCAAGCCUGGUCGCCAAGGCCCAGUCCUUGCCCUCAGAUCAGCCCAUGGGGACCUUCAGUCCUCUGACCACCUCGGACACCAGCAGCCCCCAGAAGUCCCUCCGCACGGCCCCAACUACUGGUCCACUCCCAGGCCGGUCUUCCCCCGCAGGCUCCCCCCGCACCCGGCACGCCCAAAUUAGCACCAGCAAUUUGUACCUGCCCCAGGACCCCACAGUGGCCAAGGGUGCCCUGGCUGGCGAGGACACGGGCGUUGUGACUCAUGAGCAGUUCAAGGCUGCGCUCAGGAUGGUGGUGGAUCAGGGUGACCCCCGGCUGCUGCUGGACAGCUAUGUGAAGAUUGGGGAGGGCUCCACAGGCAUCGUGUGCCUGGCCCAGGAGAAGCACUCCGGCCGCCAAGUGGCUGUCAAAAUGAUGGAUCUUAGGAAGCAGCAGCGCAGGGAGCUGCUCUUUAAUGAGGUGGUGAUAAUGCGGGACUACCAGCACCUCAACGUGGUGGAGAUGUACAAGAGUUACCUGGUGGGCGAAGAGCUGUGGGUGCUGAUGGAGUUCCUGCAGGGCGGGGCCCUCACAGACAUCAUCUCCCAAGUCAGGCUGAAUGAGGAGCAGAUCGCUACUGUGUGUGAGGCCGUGCUGCAGGCCCUGGCUUACCUGCACGCCCAGGGUGUCAUCCACCGGGACAUCAAGAGUGACUCUAUCCUGCUGACUCUCGAUGGCAGGGUGAAGCUCUCAGACUUCGGAUUCUGUGCUCAGAUCAGCAAAGAUGUCCCCAAGAGGAAGUCCCUGGUGGGAACACCUUACUGGAUGGCUCCUGAAGUGAUCUCCAGGUCUCUGUAUGCCACUGAGGUAGAUAUCUGGUCUCUAGGUAUCAUGGUGAUUGAGAUGGUAGACGGGGAACCCCCCUACUUCAGUGACUCCCCAGUACAAGCCAUGAAGAGGCUCCGGGACCACCCUCCACCCAAGCUGAAAAACUCUCACAAGGUCUCACCAGUGCUGCAAGACUUCCUGGAGAGGAUGCUGGUGCGAGAUCCCCAAGAGCGAGCCACGGCCCAGGAGCUCCUGGACCACCCCUUCCUACUGCAGACGGGGCUACCUGAGUGCCUGGUGCCCCUGAUCCAACUCUACCGAAAGCAGACCUCCACCUGCUGAGCCCACCCCCAGAAACCCUUGGCUAGUGCAGAAGGUGAAUCACCUCUUGGGGGGUCCAUCCCGCCAAAGGAAUAGGCACCCCAUUUGUAUGAACCUGCUGCCCCAGCUGCCUCCAUAGACACCUGCCUCCUGUCUUCCUUUCCUCUCCACCUUCCUGGCUGUUGUGAGACAGGGAAUGCCAAGGGAAGAACCCCAGGUGCCUGGAUCCUAUCCAGACACUAUUUUUAGAUUCCUCUGCUCCCUAGUGGCCUGCUUUAGGGCAAAGAAAUUGCAAGGACUUUUUUUUUUUUAAAGGGUCAGAGUUUUAAAAAUAAGCAUCUUCCCUAGAAACUUUUGUGAAUUGUUUGCACUUGUGCCUGUUUUAAAUUAAACUGAAUGUUCAAA